AUGAAAAUAUCUAAGAAUAAGAGAAAUAAAAAAAUUGUAGAAUUUUAUAAAACUCUAAAUAAUCUCAUUGAACCUUUUAAAGUCCUAAUUGAUGGUAGUUUUGUAUUUGCAGCUCUUAAGAAUCGUAUUCGCAUUAAACAACUAUUAUCUGAAGCUUUGGGUUAUAAUAUUACACCAGUAACAACAAAUUGCAUAUUGAAUGAGUUGAAGGACAUGGGUGAGGAUUUGUCUGGUGCCGUGACUGUAAUAAAGCACUUUCAGAAUGUUAUCACAAUGAAUCGAAUAACUUUAACUCAAGGCGAUGUAUUUUAUCUACUCUUUCUAAUGAUAAACUUUUUGUUGCUACCCAAGAUCUUACUCUUAUUAAAUGGAUUAGUAUUUAAGUGUUGUUUUGGCACUAUUUAUCAUUCUAUUAUUUUCAGCAGAUUAAGUUCAUCAUUUAUUUAUUUUCAACAAAAUUUAGCAUACCAUUAUUUUAUGAUAUGGAAGUUGGAAGGAGUACCUAUAAUAAGGAUAAUAGAUAAUUUGAUACAUUUGGAGAAACCAUCCCAUAACACAUUAGAUCAGAAACAGAAAGUUGAGGAAUCUAAAAGAUUACCUAAAAACUGGGAACAAUCCCUUUUGUCAUCCAAUAAUACUUCAAAACACACUAAUACUAAGUAUAUAUAUAACUUAUCCAAUACAUCUAAUAAUACACUAUACCUUAGUUACAACUUUAUAAUAUAG